CUAUCCAAAACACACGAGAGGUCCCCGAUUAUUACGAUUCGUCGGCACAUCACUCAAUUUAUGUCGCAUCUCCAACUCAAUCUAAUAUGAAUUAUUACCAGUUUAAUAAGGGUGACCUGCUUUCUGUUAUCGCUUCUCCGCAUCCUAAUACUACUAUAACAUCUACUCCAUCAACGCCUUCAACCCCUGCAACACCCUCUAUUGUCUCUUUCCAUAAUUUCCCCUUUAUCUCCGGCAUAUCUCAAACUUCAAGCUUAUCCAAUCGUCCAAGAACUCUAAAAUUUUUUCCAAAACAUGGUUAUGUCGGUACUCGCCUUACUGUAGAAGUAUACCUUGAAUUACCAAAUCCUAAUAAUGUCAUCCUUAAUCUGGCUUUUGGUGAUUUAAUGGUCGAAACUCAUCAAGUAGCUUUACCUGAUUCUCGUUAUGAACUUGUUGGUAUCGUGCCUAGUCAAGAUUACAUUAAAAGUGCUAAUAGGUCUAAAGUUCCUGUAAAUAUGAUCAUCUGUAAUGAAUAUAAUAUUCCUAUUGAUAAAUGGCACCUUGGCGAUUUUGUCUUUAAAGCAAAUCGUCGUCAUUCGUCUCAAGGAUGUUUAUACCACCCUUAUGCUAUCUCUAACGGUGUGGAGCAAGCUUCCCCAACAACUUCUACCACUCCUCCUCUUAAAAAUGAGAUGCUGUAUAUAAAUGAAAACAAUUCUAAUGCUUAUGCCACUCAACAAAAUGUUUAUACUUUUUAUUCUUAUGAUAACCAUGAUAACCUUGACCCUGUCGCUGAACAACCGAAACCAACUUUAAACGUUUCGGAACAAUCACAACCGACUUUUGAUUUACAGGAUUAUCGUGAGGUUGAAAUGACGAGUAAUGAAUCUCAAUCUGACGAACAAAGUGACCCUUCUUCAUUUUAUUCGUCUUCCGCUUCGACUCCUUACUCUACCUCGUCUGAUGAUUCUUUUAACGAUUCGAUUUGCAAUAGAGAGGCUUCUCUAGAACCCUCUAAUCUAAUCUAUGCUCAGGAAACGUCGUCUAAUGACACCCAGAUUGUUCCUAUUUCUCCUUCCAAUUAUAGUGAUUCCAGUACCACGGAUGAUUUACCUACUCCGGCCACUGUAAAAUCUAUGAAUUAUCAAAUAGCUUCAAGUAUUUCAAGUAUUUCAAGUAUUUCUCCUGGUUUUUGCCCUUAUUUCCCUCCGUCAAUGUAUCCAUAUCUUGGUUAUCCCGUUAUCCCGUCAAUUACUUUAAAGGAAAGUCCAAUGGUUCCAUCUUCUGAUAGACCUCCUCGUCCAAAAAAUCGUAAUUCCUCGGAUUCCGAUUGUAAAACUCAACUUUAUGAACUUUUAAAUAAAGUUAAACUUGUAAUUGAUGGUGAUAUUCAAUCAAUGGCUCAAAAUUGGUCCGUAAAAGAUUUUAAAACUCGAAGAAGAUUAAUACAAUUCAUGAGACGUGUUGAAGGUGAUGAAAUUAGAGUUACUUUUAAACCUGUUAAACCUGAUAAACGACCAAAAUAUGGAAUUUUCGUUUCUUGUAUUUGGUGGGAAGCAAAAGAUGAUUAUUAUAUUACUUCGGUAGAUUGUAUUUAUUUAUUAGAAUGUUUGACUGGAAUUAGAUUAACUCAAGAUGAAAAAAAUAGAAUUCGUAGAAAUUUGGAAAUUUUUAAACCUUUAACUGUGGGAAAAAAUAAGAAAGAUAGUGAAGAUUUAUUUAGAGUAAUCAUGGGUUUCCCGGCUCCAAAACCUAGAAAUAUUGAAAAAGAUGUUAAGGUCUUUCCUUGGAAUUGUGUUAUAUACGCGAUUAAUAAGAUUUUACGCAAGUAUAUGAACCGUGGUACUUAG